AUGAUGGCAACCUUCUCCCUGCACGGCCAGAGGCAGGAUACCUCUGAAGAACAGUUGCUAAGAAUCACAAGCGUAGAGAAUGCUCUGCUGCUCUCAGUCCUGCUCCUGGACUUCCCACAGACAUCUGGAAAGCUGCAUCCCAAGCCUUCCAUCACAGUGAAUUCAGUUGAAACGCUUGCCGAAAAGGGGAAUGUCAAAAUCAGCUGCAAGGCAGAAGACAACUUACCAUGGCUGUUCUCUUUGUUUAUACAAGUGGGUGAAGAUAGGCAGCAGAGAAAUCUGACAGAGAAAACAGCAACAAAGGAGGCUGUGUUUGCCUUUGACAAUGCCCAAGAAUUCCAAGGGGGUCUCUACCAAUGUAGAUAUUGCAACACAACAGCCUUCGUUGAACUGUGCUCAGAUUUCAGUGACAGCCGACGCAUCAACAGAAUAAAUUCCAGCCUGUCCAAACCCUCCAUCAAAGUGCUACCCAACGAACGUAUUUCCCCAGGACAGAAUAUCACCAUCGAGUGCCAGGGGCCAGAAAAGGGUCUGAACUUCUCCCUCUACAAAUCCGGGGAACUGAUAACAUCGCAGGUGACGGAGUCAGAGAGAAACAGAGCCGAGUUCCCUUUCUUCAACGUGGGGUUGGAAGAUGAAGGAAACUACACCUGCCAAUAUCACCGCCGGGGAAAUCCCUUUGCCUGGUCAGAGCCAAGUAAUGCCACGGAGCUGGUUGUAAGAGCAAACACUUUUACAUCCAUGGAGAUCAACAUCCGCUUGGGAGUUGCUGGCUUGGUGCUGCUUUCCUUGGUGCUGAUCGUGGCUGAGUUCAUGUGCAGCAGGCAAGGCGGAGGGAAGACCAGCAGCAGCGGAGGGAGCCUCUUGGGACGGGACGGCGCUGCCCGUGCCAUGCCCAGCUUUGUGGGGCUGGAGGAGGCGGGCAACGGCUGGGGCUCCUCCGGCAGUGAAGAGGCGGAGGCUGGGGCCGCCCGUCGCAGCGUCAUCCCGCGGGGCUGGCGCCGGGCGCGGCCACGGAUAGAGCGAGCGAGGAGCGAGAGCGCGCCCGCCCUCGGCUGGCUGACUGGCUGGGCCGGCGCGGCGAGGGGCAGAGGACAACUUUACCCUAAACCUUCCAUCUCAGCGGUUUCCACAAAUGUGGUCAGUCUUGGGGGAAAGAUCAUUUUACGAUGUGCAAGUGAUUACCAUCAAGAUGUAAAAUACUAUCUGCACAAAGAUCCACCAAUUCUUUAUUCAGCAUAUUGGAAUAGUGAGUGGGGUGCAGCUGUAUUUCAGAUUGCCAAUGCAAGAGCUUCAGAUGGCGGAACCUAUACAUGUAGCUAUUGCUUAAGUUAUGAUCAACAGUGCUCAUUUCGUAGUGAUCCUGUCCAAGUCUUCAUAAAAGGAAAGCUGCAUCCCAAGCCUUCCAUCACAGUGAAUUCAGCUGAAACGCUUGCCGAAAAGGGGAAUGUCAAAAUCAGCUGCAAGGCAGAAGACAACUUAUCAAGGCUGUUCUCUUUGUUUAUACAAGUGGGUGCAGAUAGGGAGCAGAGAAAACUGACAGAGAAAACAGCAACAAAGGAGGCUGUGUUUGCCUUUGACAAUGCCCAAGAAUUCCAAGGGGGUCUCUACCAAUGUAGAUAUUGCAACACAACAGCCUUCGUUGAACUGUGCUCAGAUUUCAGUGACAGCCGACGCAUCAACAGAAUAAAUUCCAGCCUGUCCAAACCCUCCAUCAAAGUGCUACCCGACGAACGUAUUUCCCCAGGACAGAAUAUCACCAUCGAGUGCCAGGGGCCAGAAAAGGGUCUGAACUUCUCCCUCUACAAAUCCGGGGAACUGAUAACAUCGCAGGUGACGGAGUCAGAGAGAAACAGAGCCGAGUUCCCUUUCUUCAACGUGGGGUUGGAAGAUGAAGGAAACUACACCUGCCAAUAUCACCGCCGGGGAAAUCCCUUUGCCUGGUCAGAGCCAAGUAAUGCCACGGAGCUGGUUGUAAGAGCAAACACUUUUACAUCCAUGGAGAUCAACAUCCGCUUGGGAGUUGCUGGCUUGGUGCUGCUUUCCUUGGUGCUGAUCGUGGCUGAGUUCAUGUGCAGCAGGCAAGGCUGUUUCGGUCCAGGACAAACUUACCCUAAACCUUCCAUCUCAGCGGUUUCCACAAAUGUGGUCAGCCCGGGGGGAAAUAUCAUCUUACGGUGUGCAAGUGAUUACCGUCAUGAUGCAAUCUACUAUCUUCACAAAGAUCCACCAAUUCUUUAUUCAGCAUAUUGGAAUAGUGAGUGGGGUGCAGUUGUAUUUCAGAUUGCCAAUGCAAGAAUUUCAGAUGGUGGAACCUAUACGUGUAGCUAUUGCUUAAAACCAGUUUAUCAACAAUGGUGCUCAUAUCGUAGUGAUCCUGUCCAAGUCUACAUAAAAGGAAAGCUGCAUCCCAAGCCUUCCAUCGCAGUGAAUUCAGAUGAAACGCUUGCCGAAAAGGGGAAUGUCAAAAUCAGCUGCAAGGCAGAAGACAACUUACUAUUCUUGUUCUCUUUGUAUAUACAAGUGGGUGCAGAUAGGCAGCAGAGAAAACUGACAGAGAAAACAGCCACAAAGGAGGCUGUGUUUGCCUUUGACAAUGCCCAAGAAUUCCAAGGGGGUCUCUACCAAUGUAGAUAUUGCUACAUAACAGACUUCGUUGAAUGGUGCUCAGAUUUCAGUGACAGCCGACGCAUCAACAGAAUAAAUCCCAGCCUGUCCAAACCCUCCAUCAAAGUGCUACCCGACGAACGUAUUUCCCCAGGACAGAAUAUCACCAUCGAGUGCCAGGGGCCAGAAAAGGGUCUGAACUUCUCCCUCUACAAAUCCGGGGAACUGAUAACAUCGCAGGUGACGGAGUCAGAGAGAAACAGAGCCGAGUUCCCUUUCUUCAACGUGGGGUUGGAAGAUGAAGGAAACUACACCUGCCAAUAUCACCGCCGGGGAAAUCCCUUUGCCUGGUCAGAGCCAAGUAAUGCCACGGAGCUGGUUGUAAGAGAUAUGCCUGAAGAACCCAAGACAAUAAUAUGGGCCAGCAUUGCAGCAGGCCUUCUCCUUCUUCUCCUCUUCCUGCUCCUGCUUAUCUUUGUACUGUACAGGAAAAGAAGAAAAGGUUCCACUGCCAAUGAAAUGCCUCAAACAAUGAACACGGCCCCAGAACCUUACCGAGAAGCAGGCCCUGCUGAAGUCUCCUACGCUGUAUUGAACCACAACUCACUAAGGACCAAGCGAGCAGCUCCUCCUGCCACAGCCCCGCAAACUUGUGUCUAUGCCACACUGGCCCAUGACAAAGUCAGGGAGGGUCGGUAGGCAAGACUUUACAGAGAUGCUGCAUAUGCCCCGAGUUCUGGGGUCAAACAUUUUAAGGCUGCUUCAUGUGUACAAGCGCUGCUUAUUUUAUCAACACAUGUCAGGUGUCAUGGGGAGCUAGCCAGUGGUCAAAAGCUGGGGUAUCUGUUACAGAGGUCAGAGGGUGUUUUUUGACUCUGAAAUUUCGACUUUAUGCUCUAUCCCUGGAAUGUAACCCAUGUGUAAGUUGAGAGUCGGCUAUAUUAUAUAAGUCUAUGUUAUUUAAAAGCAGAGAAAGAUCCACAUAUGGGUGCUGGGCUGAGAGAAAGAGCCUACAGCAGCUGGACUCCAUUCCAGUUCCCCACAAAUUCCAUUUAAAGAGAACACCCACCUUUUUCAUAGCCAAAUUAACACAAAAAAUGGAAUUCCGCUUAUCCAGACUGAAUCAGAGCCACAAAAUACAUGGUAGUUAUUGUGUCUCAUAAGUAUGGACCAUUUCUUUCUUAUUCAUAUAAAAAAGUGCUUAAUUUAGUGUGUUUUUGUUGUAGUUUAGGUAGCAUCCAAUAUAAAAUGCCUGCCUUGUCAUUUUCCCAAUCACAUGUUGUGUGGUUACAAAUUUCAGUCGUUAACAAAAAAAUCACUAGAUGCUUUGGUGCAGAAGAAAGACCUCUUCUCUGGCAGCAGAUGUACUUUUGUACGUGAAACAAAGAAAAGCGAAAUAGCUUUUCAAAUGG